GCAGCAAGGAGGUGAACAGCUGAACGAGACGGAGCACUGCGUCGGGUUUAUCUCAGAGAAACGAGCACGAGCGAGAGCGGCAGCAGCACAGGAUGUUAGCUGACAUCACAACACUUAGGAUAUAUGUAAAGCAGAAUAUAUAAUAAUAAUAGAUUUCUGUUUUCCUGACUUACCUGAAGGCACAGUAAACAGAAACGCACAGAAGAUGAAUGAUAUUAAAGUUGCUGUUCUUGGAGGAGAAGGAGUGGGGAAAUCAGCGCUCGUCGUGCGUUUCCUAACCAGGAGGUUUAUCGGAGAAUACGCCUCAUCAUCAGAGUGUAUAUACAGAAAACGCAUGUCGGUUGAUGGAAGGCAGCUGAAUCUGGAACUUUACGACCCAUGUUCCCAGCCCUGUGAGGGAAAGUCCACACUGAAUGAGCAGAUGCACUGGGCUGAUGGCUUUGUGGUGGUGUACGACAUCAGUGACCGCUCCUCUUUCAUCACAGCUACAGCUAUCAUCCACCUGAUCCGAGAGCUCAACCUGGGAGCAGCCAAAAGGGAGUCCGAGUCAGUGGUGUUCUUGGUGGGCAAUAAACAAGAUCUGUGCCACAUGCGUGAGGUGGGCAAGGAGGAAGGUCAGAGGCUGGCGACCGAUGGCCGCUGCCAGUUCUUUGAGCUCUCCGCUGCAGAGUGCUUCCAGGAGGUGGCGCUCAUGUUCACAAAGUUGGUGCGCAAUGCUAACCUGAGCGGAAAAGCUAAAGAGCGUCGGCGGCGACCCAGUGGCUCUAAGUCCAUGGCUAAACUGAUCAACAAUGUGUUCGGCAAGCGGCGGAAAUCAGUGUGAGUAAGUUCCAGUGGAAGAAGAGACAUGUAUGGACGCUUCAGUGCCAUGAGCUUUAGGGAUGCUCUUAGCUUCUUACUGGAGUGCAAAGUGGAUCAAAGAUGAUCAAAAUGGUUAUUUCUGCUACUCUUACUGCAUGCGAUUAUCUUUAAAGUGUCACAUUCAGGUGGUAGCAGUAGCAUGCUUUGAGGUGACCAUUUUUGGUUGACAUGUUCCUCUGUUUGCUAUAAAUGUCCCAGCUGUGCACUCUAAAUGUUUCUCUGUUGGACAAAAUAUAAAUCUGGCGAAUAUAAUACAUUUCAUAUGAGUAUGACGAGAGAGUUGAACUAUAAGCAAGAUGUGGCCUUAGUAUUAUAAGGUUGAAGAGCUAAGUGUUUAGCCUUCUAGAGUUUCUAAUUACAACUGACAUAAGUAUAUAUGCCGUUAAUUAUCAUUUACAUCUCAAGAAGUCUGUACAUUAAGUUGCAGUUUCUUUUUAGGUCUUGAGCUUGUACCUUGAUGAGGGCUCCUAUAAAUGACUUGAAAUGUCUUCAUUCGUUCAUUCAGCAUUCAUUAGCCCCUUUCUCCAGAUCAGGAGGGAUCAUGCGAAAAACUGGGUAUGAGGAUACCCCUGAUGGGACAUCAGUUCAUGACAUGGCACCAUGCAUGCACAAUGUUUACACUGAUUAACAUAUAGGAUUUUAUAUUAAGCUCACCACUCUACCAUCACCAUGGUUUUUUUUGGAAGUGGAUAGAAACUGGAGAAGCCGGAGGAAGCCCACAUGGACACAGGGAGAACAUGCACAUAAACUCCACAGCAUUCUGAGCUCAGGAUUGAACCUGAAAUUACAUUUUAACCAAAAUAUAGUUAUAUCCCGGCCCUCGCUUCAUGUGUUUGUACAUUCUGUGUGAUGACUGGCUAGCAGAUAGAACCUUACUAAAAUCGUUGUGAGCUUGGAAAUAAACAGUAGGAGAAUUAAGUAGUUUGACGUUAAUCAGGUUUACUCGUUUAACACCAAAAUUCCAGGCACAUUCUUAUCAUUCUGAGGUCACAUUAUAUAGUCCCAUUGUAUAAAAAUGCUCUUUGCAUUAAAAUUGCUGCUUGGUGUUUGUAGUAUGCUAGCGUAAUUUCAGGUAUGACAGAAAUUAAGUCUGAGCUGUAAAACUCAACAGGAUAUAAAAUGGAACUAGUUUUGAAAAACUUAACUUUUUUUUUUAGAAUGUAAACAUUUCUGAGUGCCUUUCAGUAAACCUUUCUUUCUGAUUGAACUGUUGUCAUCUUCAUAGAAUAAAGUGAAAUAGCUUUCACCUUC